AUAAAAACACGGGCUGUUGUGCAAACAACGUUGCAAGACAUAAAGAAGUGACAGUGCAGCCAACUAGCUGAUUCAAAGCUGCAGACGGUGACUUCCCUGUUCUUCAUUCUUCUUCAUUCAAGGGAGCAGUGGAAGCAGAGGGACGAGGAGAGGAGGAAGAGGAGGAAGAGGAGAAGCUUAAAGACCCGAGGCACCCAGAGACUCAGCACAGCCAUGCGGCCCAGGUCCAGACUGCUGGCCAAGAGAGGCCUCCCCACCAUCCGCGAGGGCUACGAGGAGCUGGUGCAGGACCUGAACCAGACCAACAGCCAGCACACUAGCACACAGGACUACUUUCACUCCAUCUGUCAGCUGGCCCGCCCUGCCUUCCCUCUGCAUGAGCCUGACCGUGACAUCCUGUCCCUUGGCACGUUGGAUUCGCCCAAACCCUGCCUGCGCUUGCACCGCUUGCGCCAGCCCCUCCACCUGCAGCUCCAGCAGUCCCUCGCAGCAUCAAGCACAACCCCCACAAUCCAAUCGCCCCAGAGCGAAGAAGCAGAGCCAGAGCGAGCCCAUGGCCCAGAGCAGGGUGGACGGGACCGUCCUAGUUCAGCUGACCCACUGGAGUAUCUCUACAGCCAUGGAGGUGCUGCAGCAGCAUCAACCAGAAGGGGGCGCCCAGACGGUCAGCGCAAGAGCAGCUGUCCUGAGCUGCUGGGCCUUGCUGAAUCUGUCCCAUCACCAACCAUCCUGCAGCGCUCGCCGGUCAGCAGAAAGAAGUUGGAUGAUGGAGCCCGCAGCAGCAUUCCAGCUAAGCUAGAUGGCACCCCUGCUGGCUGGAGGGGGAAAAGCAGUGGCCGCUGCAUGGACAAACAGACCAUGGUGUCACACUGGAUCGCCGAAUGUCGAAGCGCAUGGAGAGAGGCCCGCAUUAGAGCCUGCAUGCUGCCCGUCAUCGCUGAGAAGUAGGCUAGUCUAGCUCACUCAAAGCAUGCAACUUUGUCCAGUGAGCAGAAUCUCCGAAGUUUAUCAGUACAGGGAAAAUGAAAUGGCAAACAGAGGAAUUAUCCAACUUCAUGGUCCACUGAGAAGAGUAAUUGAUUGAAUUUAUUUGAUUCAAAUGAUUACGUAAUUUUCACAUGAAUGAAAUAUAGAACAUCAACAUCGUGAUUGCCAACUGAAAGACAAAGUUUUGCUGGUAUAAUACGUUAAAUUCACGUUCAAAUGAUAUACACAUUUGGAUCAAGUAAACUCAGUGCAUCACUUUUUUCAGUGCAGGUUUAUAUGCAUAUACAUUUCUUGAUGUAAACUAAGCAAAAGUGACCCUAUAGAUGGUGACGUGUCAAUGCCACACCAUAGUGUAGAGUUAUGGUGAAUGUUAAUGCUAAAAACUGAUCAGUGUCAGUCCAGUUGUGUCCAAUUGUGAUCAAUAACUGUAUUGAUUGUUGGAUGCCUUUAACAUUGUUUGGUGAAGAAAAAAAAGAAUUCUAUCAUCAAAACUGCAGUACUAAUAUAGAAUACUCUAUAAAUAUAGUUUAGCUUAUUCAAGGUCGGGACAAUGGGAAAAUGCACAAAGUAACAGAUAAGUAUAUCACUGUGUGUUUGUUACGAGAUUUAUUUGCAUUUUUAUGUCCAAAAUCCUAUUUUUUACAAGUUUGCAUAAGUGGCAGCUAGGGCAAAACGUCAGUCUCCAUGCUUCCAAAGAAAUCCUGAGAUAUUUAACAGAAAUUCAAUACAACUCCCAUUUUUUCAACCGUUAGGGUGUAGAAGCUUAACAAUAGCUGCAAAGCUUAAAGGCCAUAUAGGUCUAAUUUAGGACGUUAUUCUUGCCCAAUCUUUUUGUCCACACUUGUACACCUGGAGGGACUGUACAUAUCAAAAAGACUGUCUCCAGGUGUACACGUUUAUUAAUGAAAUAUGAGUUCAUGCAUAAUGAUGUGAUUCCCAAACAGGUCCUGUAAUGCCCAGUUAGCUGGAUGAAGAGCCAACUGCUGAAACCUUAAGAUCCACAAAAGGAAGGCUUUACGAUGCAGUUUAAUAUUGGCCCAAGACUUUUGGUGCCACCCAAACAAUAAUUCACUGCCAUCUGCUGCCUGCAGCAGCAAAAUAACUGUAAUAAUCAUAAUGAUAGCAAUUCUGUUCAGGCUCAGCCUAAUGUUGAUCAGCUAAACAGAGAGUGCUGGGCGCCAACUUGCAAGCACACAUUCCAGCUUUUAAGGGAUUGAUUCUCCAAAUGGGAAAGCAUAUGAGAGACAACCUUUAUGUUAAAAUGGACCCUCGAGCAUAUGACCUUCAAGAAUCUUUCUUGACAUUGAAGCAUAACUGCGACAAAAAAGCCAAUCUAGGACUGUUUUGUUAUCCUGUUAUGACUGUUUUUACCCACAAACCCUGAAUCCUUUCCAGCAUUAAUUUGGUGUUCCAGUAUUUUCAGGUAAUUUAUCUGUUAAAUGAUGGACCUUAGAGGAAAACCAGUAGAUGCAUGACUUUGUAAAUGAUUUUCUAUUUAUGCAUUUGAAGUCCUUUAAAUUAUUAUGAUGAAUGCCAAUGAUUUGAGUAAAAAAAAUAAUAUUAUAUGGGGAAAUAAAAUGUUAUUUGUAAAGUCUUCAAAAUUGUGUUCAUUAGAUUUUUUCACUUUUUUAAGCAAAUAAAAUGUCUGUGUUCUAGUU